GACGAAACGAACCUCCACCUACGACGCACAGGUACGUGCAUGUAGGUGCAUGUACGUGUCGAUGACGGCUCUCCUCUUCAUCUCGCCCUCUUUUUCCUUUUUCUUUCCUUGCCUUACAGGCAUUGCCAUUUGGAGGGAGGAACUGUCCGAUGAACGGAGAUGAAGGAAGCGCAUUUCCUCGCCUGCGUCCCUGUGUUUGCUGCUGCGGUGGUCUGCUGGUUCACCCUCAGCAGCUUGGACGACUACCGCGCCCUCCUCGAGCCCUGCAAGCGAGUCCAAUUCGACGACACACGACUCAUCGCCACUGACGGGGACGCAGCAGAGUCACCAAGCUGGUGGAGCAUUGGGUUCUUCUCGUUCGUCUCACGCAAGCCCGGCAAAUCUAUCGACAUUGGUGCCGUCGGCGAGGCCUCUCGCGACGACAGAUAUGACCCACUCACUCUCCGCGUUGAUGUGAGGUCGGCGUGUCCGCUCUCCCGGCAGCAGACGAGGGCCAAGGAAAGGCUGGAGAGGCGGCCAGGCGUGCCUGACGGCUAUGAGGCGGUCAUCAUGUGUGUGUUGGACGAGAGGGAUGGGCCACUCGGUCACUGCUUCCAUCUGUACAUGCAGCCGGCAUCGGGCAGGGUCAUCUUCAACGGGACUCUCUAUACUGCCGAUGACGCCGCCCCAGGUGGCUGUGGGAGUGAGGAGAAUGUCGCGGCCCUGGCCCACCUGCUGGCUGUCUGCCGCUCUUGCUACCUGGAGGUGCCCCUCACACCCAUCCAAAUGGCGUCCUGGCUGAACGACACCGACACAGGGGUCAAUCGCUUCCUUGCGGCGGCCACAUAUCGGCGUCGGGAGCUCCCUUCACCUGAGCACCCCCACAGACGGCCGUGGCUGCGGCGCCCGAGCACACACUACGUGUCUUUCCCCCCUUCGGACGCCUUAACUGCAGAAGGCCAUUUCACCGGUAGGGCAGAUGAAGCACUGAUGCAUCAGCAACACUACACACACACACACACACACACACACACACAUUGGUUAUGUGGUUGUCAGGUAUGCUCGAGGGAUCGGAAAAGCCUCAGCAACACAACAAAACCAUGGACGGCCCGGUGGAGUCCCUCAAGGAGGAGGGCGGUGUGGAGGGGUGGCUCAUGCGGUUCCUGAAUCCGCUGUGGCUGUGGUGCCUCGUAGCGGCAAUGGGCGGCGGCUUCGUGUGGGCCUCCGUCCGGCUCCACAGGCGAUACUCGGUGAUGUGUCGCAUUGUCCUUGGCUGCCCUGACGAUGUCCGCAAAUCACUGGUCAAGGUGGGGUACCUGCCUGUGGGACUGGCUAUGUGGCGAUAUGUGCAGCACCUGCUCCUGGGGGUCUUCCUCUUCUCGACACUCAUAGCGGAGGGCUACUGGUCAACCACUGACGGGCUGCUCACGUGGGGCGGGCUGCUGCUGAUCGCCCUGGCCGCCGAGUACGUGUUCGUCCGCCAUGGUGUCGACGAGAAGGUCUGGUGGAUGUGGAUGCGCUAUGAGAUCUGUGGGAGGGAGGCUCUCUGGCAGGGCAAGGAGGCGCCCGUGGGUGUCCUUUGCUUCACGGCCUUCGCCUCUCUCGUCGGUAUCUUCUCCUCUGGAACGGGCAUCGCCAUGGCUCGGCGCGCCGUCGGCUUUUGCCUGCCUGUCCAGCUGAUGCUGCUGUCCGUACUCGACCCUGACGUGCACAAGGACUCCAUUUUGAGGCUCGGCCUGCAGUACCUCUGCCACUACCUGAGCGGCAUUGCGGGCGACAGCUGCUACCUGGUCAGGCUGCUGGUGACGGCCCUGUCUGCCUUGACGGUGGCGACUUCGGCCCAUGGACUGCUCAUGACAUGGACGACGUUCUCCGAGGAAUUUGGUGCUAUGAAGAGGGAGGAGCUCAGACGACUGCCAGUACUUCCAGGGAUGCCCAAGUGGUUCUGGCGCGUGCUUCUCAACGUGUGCUGCCCGGUGUGGCUGGCCGUCUGCCGCAUCCCUGACCUAGUGCUGGGCUUCUCCCUCCUCGGGCUCGGGCUACUGAGUCCCGCUCUGCUGCUCGCCACAUCAUGCCACAUUGGUUUGACCAUUGCAGCGGGGUGGACUUCCCUCGAUGUCCUCGACCUCGCCUUCCCCUGCGCACUCCUCUUCGUCACGCGUCUGCGUGAGACGUGGCUGCAUCGGGGCGCGGUGUGGCUGGCGGGCCUCUACCUGGUCAAGUGCAGCACAAGGGCCUGGUCCCACCGGCACACCAUCCGAAAACUGGCUCUGCUCAUCUCCGGCAGCCUGCGGGGCGUCGAAUCGGCAUCCACCGAGGAGGACGGCACUGCCCCCGCCACCGCCACCAUGACCAAGAGCCAGAAGCGCAAGCAGAAGAGAGCUAGGAAGGCGGCCGCUGCGGGCCAGGGUGCGGCUGGCAUCCUGGCUCUGACGGACGUCUCUCCAUCACGAGGCUCCAAUCUGCUGGCGCUGCCUUCUUCAGCACCAUCGGCCCCUGCACUCCUGGACGCCCCUGCACACUCACUCACGGCCGAGGAGGAGCCGUCCGAGACCACCAAGCCCAAGACACGCCGGCGCAAGAAGAAACGCCCGGUAGCCAAGGGUGGCCGGGGCCACAACACCCCUCCCAGCACAGAGCAGAAGCAGCAGCAGCCAGAGGAGACCCCCGUCAGCAUGGGGUCAGGUGCUGCAUCGUGGCGGGGCCGAGGCCGCUGGCCGCUGGAGGCACUCAUGGGUGCACAGGAGAUCUAUGAGGAGGAGCAGCACCGAUGGGAAGAGGGAGAGGGACACGAGGGGGCCGAGGACGGUGACGCACAGGAUGAGGAGGGCGAGGAGGAGCAUGGCGAGGACGGCGACCCGCCAGCUCCCUUCCAUCCUGACUCGAUCAUCGUGCUGCCGUCUGGUCAGCCGUCUGGUCAGCCGUCGGUGCUGCCGUCACAGGCAGAUGGGCUGGACGAAGACGAGGACGAUGAGGGCACGGAGGAGGCUCCAUCGCAGCAGCAGACAGAUGCCACAGGUACGUCUCUCAAAGGGGAGAGAGAGGGGCGGGAGGGGCCAUUGAUCACGUGCAUGUGGUUGCGGUGGGGUGUGUGUGGUAUCUUCCUUCUCAGAGCCCCCGUCGUAUGAGGCCAAGUGUCUGAUGUGUCUGAGCGCCACUCCCACGGAGCUGUGUGUGCCAUGGUGAGUGACCAUACACACACAGACAGGGGGGAAUGGGAUAUCAAUGGCGUCUAUGGUCUGUUGCGUUGCGUUGUGUUCCCAUGUCUGUCAGUGGCCACACCUUCCUCUGCGAGGACUGCCGGCAGGUCAGUCAGUCGGCGCAACCUGGACAACACACACAACCUGGCUCACUGUACCGUGUGUGUGUUGUGUGUCAUUCAUUGACCGUUCGUUCAGGUGUACGAGUCGCAUUACCUGGCCAAGGGCUGCCCCUACUGCCAGACAGCCGUCCAGAUGCUCGUCCACGUCCAGACGCCCUGAUGCACCGCCCUACCGACACGGCCACCUACGGCUGGCUGCAUCAAGAAGUUUCGCCACUUGCUGUCUGAUCUGGACUUCUCUGAAUGAGUGAGGGAGUGAGGGGGGCAUAUAUCGUCCGUCAUGCAGCUAGGAAGGGAGCAACACAACACACACACACACACACACACACACAGAUGCACACGAUUUAAGAAAACGAGAUUACCAGACCAGAGCUAGGAGACGAGAAUUUUGCUGGUUCGGUGUCAUGGAUCGAUCGAUGCGAAGGCUGUUAAGAAGAGUCGAAUGCAUUGGUAUUUAACAUCCUGCCUAGCGGGGUCCGUCGGUCGGUUUUUUGCGCUCCGUGCUGGCGGAGAUGACGCUGACUGAGUUAGGUGGGUUAGCAGUCAGGUGGCUGGGUCUCAUUCAUCUCGUGAGCCUGGCCGGCGUGCUGGUGCGUGUGUGUCCGUCCUGUAUGUGUGUAUUUAUUUGUGGCUUGCUGCGUAUGUGUAAGUGUAUGUGUGUGUAUCUUUGUAUUUGUCACCUGACAGACACACAGACAAGACAGACACGC